AUGGUGGCCACGGGCGCCGCCGACGGUUCGCUGCGGGUGUGGGACCGCCGCAAGCUGACGGGGUCGUCGACCCACAAGGGGGCCGCGGCGGUCAAGGUGUUCAAGCAGCACACAGAGGCCAUCAUGCGCAUAGAGUGGCACCCCUCCGAGAAGACCGUCCUGGCCAGCGGCGGUGACGACCACUUAGUGCUGGUCUGGGACCUCAGCCGCAGCAGCAUACGGGACGACACCACCACGCCCGCCAAGUCGGGGUCGGAGUCGGGCGCCGCCAAGGCGGAGGGGGCCGCGGGCGGCAGCAAGGGCGCGAAGGGCGCGCCGCCCCCUGAGCUGCUGUUCAAGCACGUCGGACACCGCCAGGGGGUGCGUGCGCUGCGCCCCGUCUAUUGA